AUGCAGAGAUCAGCUUCCUUGGAAUUAACCCAGCGACCGAAUUUCGUUCGUCAGUUUGUCAAGGCAGACUCUCUUACAGAUGGGGUCGCGGCCAAGGUACUGCGUGACAGUGUCCUGUCCCAUAUUUCCAUCAUUCUGAGGAACAGUGAUUGCAAAGGCCUAACGGACAUAGUUGACUUUGACGAUGGGGACGAGGAUGGUAAUGGACAAAUCAUUCUCUAUUGGCGUGACCAUUGUCCGCAACUCCCUCCAGUCUUAGCAGACUUGCCGAUAAUAUCUCUCCAGGAAUCUAAGCAUGAUAUUUACACUGCCUUGCCAGAAAACGAUACGCUGGGAACCAGACCUGGAGGUAAGCAUUUUUCUGAGCCUAAACCAGUCAACCCGGACGCCGAGAACUUUGGCAUCCUUGGCUUUAUCAUAUGGGGUUAG